AUGGGGACCAGGUGCUGGGCAGCGGGAGACAUAGAAGUGAAGCCUUGGAACUGGGAAGGGCAGCUGGGAUUCCUGAUCCUCCCAGUGGAAAAUCCCUACAAUGAUCAGGUGGACUACCCUGAGAAGCUCUCCAUCAGCCUCCUUGCAGUGAUAGUUAUUGUAUGUGGACUGGCCCUGGUGGCAGUUUUUCUCUUUCUCUUUUGGAAGCUGUGCUGGGUGCCCUGGAGGAAUAAGGCUAUUUCGACUAACACCUCUGCCUCCCAGUUUUCGGCAGAACCCGAGAAAGAGACCAUGGCUGACAAGCUAAAGGACACAGGCACCAUUGGUUUUUUGGAGGCAGCUGUAAAAAUCAGUCAUACAUCACCAGAUAUUCCAGCAGAGGUCCAAAUGUCCAUGAAAGACCACCUCAUGAGGCGUACACGGAUGCAGAGGCAAACGACAGAACCAGCAUCUUCCACCAGGCACAUUUCUUUCAAGAGGCACCUGCCCAGGCAGAUGCAUGUCUCCAGUGUGGAUUAUGGCACAGAACCACCGCCAGUGGCAGAGCAGCCAACUUGCAUUGGUCGGAUCAAGCCAGAACUGUACAAGCAGAAAUCUGUAGACUCUGAGGACCCCAAGAAAGAGGCAGAAAAAACCUGUGGGAAAAUAAAUUUUUCUUUGAAAUAUGACUAUGAGAAUGAGACACUGAUCGUGCGAAUCCUCAAAGCUUUUGACUUGCCGGCCAAAGAUCUCUGUGGCAGCUCUGAUCCCUAUGUCAAGAUCUACCUCCUGCCUGACAGGAAGUGCAAAUUCCAGACACGUGUACAUAGGAAAACUCUCAAUCCCACAUUUGAUGAGUGCUUUCAGUUUCCUGUACCCUAUGAGGAGUUAACCAAUAGGAAGCUCCACCUUAGUGUCUUUGACUUUGACAGGUUUUCCAGGCAUGACAUGAUUGGGGAGGUGAUCUUAGAGAACCUCUUUGAGGCCUCGGAUCUUUCUCGGGAGACCUCCAUCUGGAAAGAUAUUCAGUACGCCACAACUGAAAGUGUGGACCUGGGAGAGAUCAUGUUUUCCCUUUGUUAUCUGCCAACUGCAGGUCGUCUCACUUUAACAGUCAUUAAAUGCAGGAAUCUUAAAGCAAUGGAUAUCACUGGCUACUCAGAUCCUUAUGUCAAGGUGUCUUUGCUCUGUGAUGGGAGGAGACUGAAGAAGAAGAAAACCACCAUAAAGAGAAACACACUUAAUCCUACAUACAAUGAGGCAAUAAUCUUUGACAUCCCUCCAGAGAACAUGGAUCAAGUCAGCCUGCUUAUCUCUGUUAUGGAUUAUGACCGAGUUGGCCAUAAUGAAAUUAUCGGAGUUUGUCGUGUGGCAAACAGCGCUGAGGGACUAGGCCGGGACCACUGGAAUGAAAUGCUGGCUUAUCCACGCAAACCCAUUGCACACUGGCAUCCUUUGGUGGAAGCGAAGAAGUCCUUCAAGGAGUGGCAUGGCCGAGCAGCCAGCUUUGACAGUCAAGGCUCCUGUCCCUCUCCCAAACCACCUUCAACACCGUGA